AUGAAGUUUCACAUUUUUGCUUUACUUGCAUGUGUAUCAUCACAAGCCAUUUUCAAAUCACCAUCACUUCUAGAUCAGUUAUAUGGAGAAUUACAUGGGAGAACAAACACUGCUCCAAACUUGCAAAUACAAGCAGAUGAUCCUAAUCAGAUGACAGUACAAAAGGUUUUAUCAAUGAGAUCCAAAUUGAAGUUGCCUGAUAAAGAUGAUACUUCCGAUAUUGCUGUUGAUCAAAACAUGUUUGGUGGAAUCUUGACUUAUGCCCAUUUCAAUCAUUUUAAUUGUUUCAUCUCUAACGAAAAUAAUGAAUUUGAUAAGCACUCCACCUUAGAUCAACAAACAACCAGGAACAUUGAUGUUGCGAUUGUUGGGGCACCAUUUGAUACCGGGACAUCCUAUCGCCCCGGAGCCAGAUUCGGACCCGAAUCAAUCAGAAGUAAUGCUAGACGUUUAGGAAGUGCUUGGAAGUCAACCAAGAAGAGAUUCAAUUACCCAGUUGACCCUUAUGAUGAAACUACUCAUAAUUAUUCCAUUAUAGAUUGUGGUGACGUGGCUAUGACUCCAUUUGAUAAUCGUAUCGCUUUAAAUCAAUUGUAUCGUGGGCAUAGAAGCAUUUCUAAACAUCAAGGGAAUGUCAAUCAACAUCCCAAAAUCAUCACAUUGGGAGGUGAUCAUACUAUAACCAUAAUGGCAAUAAAAAAUGUUUAUGAACAAUUAGGAAGAAAAAUUAGAGUAUUUCAUUUUGAUUCACAUAUUGAUACUUGGGAUCCCAAGAAAUUGGGUGGUGGAAUCACUGAUUAUAUGUCAUUAAAUCAUGGAACAUUCUUACAUUAUGCCACCGAAUUAGGGUAUAUUGAAACAAAAGGUAAUUAUCACAUCGGGAUAAGGGCACCAUAUAUUGAUGCUAAUUACGACAAGCAACACGAUGCUGAUUGUGGAUUCCAUAUUAUCCAAGCUAACGAUAUUGACAAGAUUGGAGUUCAAGGAAUCAUUGAUGAAUUGACAAAGGACCCAGAUAUCCCAACUUAUAUAUCGGUUGAUAUUGAUGUAUUGGACCCAGCCUAUGCCCCAGGAACAGGAACAAUGGAGGUAGGUGGAUUUACCACCAGAGAAUUGUUGGCCAUUUUAGAUGGGUUGAAAAAUAAGGUUAACGUGAUUGGUGGUGAUGUUGUGGAAGUGAGUCCCCCAUAUGAUACAAAUAGUGAAAUCACAAGUUUGGCAGCCACCAGUGUUGUUGAUUCAUUGUUGAAGUUAAUGAUUGUCUAA